AUGGCUUCAAUGAAUUAUUGCUUUACUAUUUGUCGUGCAGCUGAAGAGAAAGUUCAACAACAAAAUCAUUCGAAUGCAUCUUCAGCUAUUGAUGUUCCUAAUUCGUCAUCGCCUAAUACCGGUGCUUAUUUCUUUGGGCGCUUUUUUUCAUUUGGUUUAUCACCACCCGCAUCAACAUCAACAAUCGAUAAUUCAUUUGUUUUCAAAACAACGAAUCUUAAUGAAAUUAAUGAUAAUAGUUAA